GCGGCCGCGGCUCCGGCCGGGCGGGGGGAGAAAGAGAAGGAGGCGGUGGCGGUGUCGCUGAUGCCCUGCGCCUUGUGUUUUCCCAUCAGGUGUUGUCUUUCUUGCUUCCCAUGUCCUAUUACCAGGAGGAUUUCUUCAGAGACUACCUCAAAAUGAUGGCGAAUAUGGUCAUCCUGAACUUGCUCAUUUGUAUUUCGUUAGCGUUCUGGAUCGUGUCCAUGACUGCAAGUACGUACUACGGUACUUUACGACCCAUUUCCCCAUGGCGCUGGCUUUUUUCAGUCUUGGUCCCACUAAUUAUUGCUACACAGGGUUUUAAGAAGAAGAGUCUUGAUCACAGUGGUGCAUUGGGAGGGCUGGUGGUUGGAUUUAUCCUUACAGUCGCAAAUUACAGUUUCUUCUCUUCUUUGUUUGUAUUUUUUGUUACUUCUUCGAAACUUACUAAGUGGAAAAAGGAUAUAAAGAAGCAAAUAGAUUCAGAAUACAAAGAAGGUGGACAGAGGAAUUGGGUUCAGGUAUUCUGUAAUGGUGGUGUUCCAACUGAGCUGGCUCUCUUAUAUAUGAUAGAAAAUGGACCAGGUGAAAUUCCUAUUGACUUUUCAAAGGAAUACACAGCAUCAUGGAUGUGCUUAUCCCUUUUGGGAGCUUUGGCAUGCUCUGCUGGUGAUACAUGGGCUUCAGAGAUUGGUAGUGUUAUGAGUAAAAACAAACCAAGAUUGAUAACAACCUGGCAACAGGUUCCAGUAGGUACUAAUGGAGCAGUUACUUUAGUGGGCCUGGUCUCAAGUUUGCUUGGCGGUAUGACAGUAGGUAUAGCCUACUUUAUAACUCAACUUGUUUUUGUGACUGAUCUGGAAAUAUCUGCUCCACAAUGGCCCAUUAUUGUGUUUGGUGCAGCAGCUGGCCUGCUGGGAUCAAUUGUUGAUUCAUAUUUGGGAGCUACUAUGCAAUACAGUGGUUUUGACCAGACAAUUGGCAUGGUUGUUAACCAUGAAACAAAAGACUCCAAACACAUAUCUGGAAAACCUAUAUUAGACAACAAUGCCGUAAAUCUUUUCUCUUCUGUAAUCAUUGCUCUGGUGCUACCAGGCACAGCAUGGUUUUUCUGGCCAAGGGGUUGAAAUGGUUUAGGCUUUUCUGCAUGCAAUUCAUUUAUGUUCAGUCUUGCUCAGAGACUCCAAAGAGUUCCAGUUGAACUCUCUUUUAAGAGAUGGAUCUGAAACAUUCAGGAAGCUGAAGGAUUUUCCAUCUCAAGUUGUUAAGGCUGUAAACCUCACAUGACAAUCAGCAUCUCUUGGGAAGGUGCUUUGUCAAUAAUGCUCUUGCUGCUCCUCAGGAGGACGUAGGUCAUUGCCAAGUGAGGUGAAGCACUUGAUUCAUUUAUCCUCCAUUCAUGGAGCUGAAGUGUUGGUGUCUAUUCUCUCCAGUGUCCAGCAUCUGGAAGGGCAAGAAACUAGAAAUAAAAGUCUAAUCAACAUCAAUCAGUGUGAUGGAGCCUUGUGGCUAUUCUCCAAGCUAGACACAAAAUACACUGCAGCUUUAUAUAGGCAAUGGUAACAUGGGUGAAGUGGGUGAAUUCUGGUGUUUCUCAUUAUCUACAGUUUGUAAGGUCUUUUGUGGAAGUAUUUGGGCAGGGAAGAGAGAAUUCAGCCUUGUUGACUGUUCUCUAUCCUAAUAGUAUCUCCACUUCCCUGAGAAUAGGUUUGAUAAAAAUGAUCCAUACAUAACAUUUGAAGCAAAAAUAUAAAUUUAAAGUAGAAACUCACUAGCUGUCCAGUAAGAAUAAUAAAAUUUUCUAUGCAUUUUUGACAUCUUUAUUUCAAAACUAAUGAUAUUUAUGAAGAUUUGUCAAUACUGUAGUACUUAACAAAUAAUUUAAAAUUAAAGAUGACAGUUAUAUAUUCAUAUUCAUCUCUUUAGAAAGAGAAUGUUUUUUUUCUGUAAGCAUGGAAUUGUUCCAUAGUGUUUGGCAUUCUAACCAAACUAUACUGUUCAGUUAUUUCUCAAUAGCAGAAAUGUUUUCCAUUUUGUUUGGGGCUUCUAUUUAGAGAUGAUGGCCUCUAAAGAAGCUACAGAUGUUACCCUUGUAGCAAAUGGGCGAAGUCACACUUAUAAACCAUUUAAAAAUAGAAAUUUAAUUUUUGAUGCUCAAGCUCCUGUGUUAGGUAAUUAUGUCUUCCAUCAUUCAUUUAUAAAAGUUGUGAAAGUAAUGUAGCCAGUACAGAUUGUAUUUAAACUUUAGAGAUAGCCUCAUAAUAACUUCUCAGUGUUGAUAUUCAGAAGCAUGGACCCUUAUUUUUAACUUAUGAAAAGCUUUUUCUUUAAUUGUUAGAGAUAGAUUAAUAUUUUGUAUUGAACAUCUGGGGUUUUUUUUUACAAGUGUUUUGUGUAUAUUGCCUGUCUUAAUGCAAUUGACUUUUUAUUUUUUCACCUUUUAUGGGAAUAUUAAAAAACUUUAACACCUUCCAUACUGAGUUUACUCUUUUGAAACCUAGUUUAUAUAAAUCUGGAAUUAAUCACUGGGACUACUUGACUGUAUUACCCAAUUAUAAAGAUGAGAUUUCAAAGUAGUAAAAGCUUUCUGAAAAAAGAAAAUUGUGUAGCUGCUCUAUGUCUGUUCCUGUGGAAGAGCACAAAAUUAGGAAAUAAUAUAUGCACUUAAACUGUAACAAUAAACACUUUGGAAUUUUAUGCUCUGUUUGGAUUUAUGCUGCUUCUAAAUAAACACUGUAUUAGUUAUCUUGUAAGAUUUCAUUAAUAUUGUUGUGGGUUCUAGAAUUGAGCAAGAUAAAAUGUUUGUAAAAUACUCAUUUUUUUUUCUCAAUUAAAUGCCUUAUUUUUGUAUUCUUUUGUUUCCUGAAGUGAAGUGUACUUUCAGCUACUAAAGUGGACAUGGUCAGCUUUUUCACUAUUUUUUAUGAGCUCAUUUGAAAACCAGCUUACUACAGUGAGAAGUCAUCUGAUUUCAUAUUCAUAGCAGCAUGAAAUGCUUUGAUCUGUGACCAUAUGAACGAAUGUUUUCUGACUGAACUCCUGCAGUUAGCAUCUUCAAAGGCCAUUACUUUGGAUUGUUUUUUUGUCAUAUCUUAGUGAUGACACUUGAGUUGCUUUUGAAAUUUCCAGCCAUAAAUUUCUGGUAUACAGAAGGAUCUGAGCACACUUAAACUCUGAAAAGGACAGCAUUAACUUCGGAUAUAUUGAUAUAUUUUAGGCAAAUAUUGUUACAUUUAACUGCUUAGUUGCUGUAAACUGAAAUGCUUUCGGAGAAGGUGGAGGUGGGAGUAGGGGAUACAGGGAAGAAGUUGCAGAAUGUGCCAAACUGCCUGUAAAUUGAUGUGAGUUGCUAAGAGCAGUUCCUGGGCUCACAAAGCAGCAGAGAUACCACCUGUCCAGGUGCUAGUUGGAGACACAGAAAAUGCAGAAAGUCAAAAGGGGGAGUUAAGAGAAAACCAGGAAGCUGUUAGAUUAGAAAUUGCAAAAUAGGUUACUUCAGUUAACAAACUGAAUUCCAUUCUUUAAACGCUUGAAUUUCUCUUUAGCUUCAGAACCAUCGGUACCCCUAUUAUAUGCCUCUGUUACUGAUUUUGCAUUCAUAAUUAAGUGUCAUCAAUAUUUCCACAGGACCAAGGCAAUACACUCAAAAACUUUUUAAUUGAAGUGGUUACAAUUGUGAGUUACAGGUCCUUAUGCUUAGCUUGAUAGGUGGAUGUGAUAGAUGUUUAAGUAUAAUUUUUACAUAAUUGCAUGCAAGAAGUCUUUAGCCAGGUCUCACCCAGACUUGGUGCUGUGAUUGUUGAAUUAUACUGGUAUCAGAGUCACCAGUAUCUAUUUUUUAAAUUUCUAUGUUAUUGUUAGAGCUGCAGGUUGUCUUGGAUCUGCACAUGCUGCAUUUAUCCAUCAUUACAUAAUUUCCUGGGACAGGAAAUAAAGUGAUGUAAAAAAACAAGAGGGUAUGCCACCUCUCUUGGGUAUUAAGGACAAAUUGAUUCUGCAGACUGACUUUUUCUGACAAUAAAGGGCUGAAAUGUCAUGAAAUACUGUUGGUAUUUUACAGAAUCCGCAUUACAAUCUGUUAGGACUAGGCUUCUCACAUUUGUUUUUGGGGAUUUGUUUUCCCUACAUUUCUCCCAGCAGUACUUUGGUCCCAUGCAGCCUUUUCUUUACAUUUCAUUAUCUACCAUUUUAAGUUGCCAUUAAGCCACUUUUCUUCAAGCAGGAGUUAACCUGUUUUACAGGAAAUUUAUUCACUUAAAGCUUUGUAGGUAUGUUACAGUCUCUGCUUCUGGCUAUUGCUAUAACUGGAUAAUGAUUUUCAAUUUAAAUACUACUUCUGUUGGGGGAUAAGGUGCAGCUCUGGGAUUCAAUUAUAGGCCUAUUGUAAUGCAUAAAUCAGAGAAGGUACAUGAAUUCACUCAGACUAUGUGGAUCCUUGUGGCACUCCCAAGCCUGCAGCCACCCUCAGUAAUGCCAAUACCAAAUGAGGAUGACUACAGAAAUGUGGAAACAAAGCUACCAAGCAAAUGGCAUCUUGUACUUGGGUACUCCCAAGCCUGUAAAACUUGAUUCCAAGUGAAGAAAUUCCACCAGGAAUACUCAGUAGCUUUUCUACAACACUGAUCCUACAAAGUCAAUUUUAAUAUCUUCCCACUACAACCACUAAUUAAAUCACGGGACAGCCCAGGUUGGAAGGGACUUUUGAGAGAUCAUCUGGUCCAACCUUUUGUGGGAAAUCUUUGGUGAGAUUAUCUAGCAAUAAGCAAUUUGUCCAAUCACAUUUUGAAAACCUUUGAUGAUGGGCACUCUACCACAUCCUUAUAUGACAGUGUUUUCCUUGAAACACUUUAAGGUGGAUGCACAGGAGAGUAGAUGACUACAAUUAUGAUUUCUGAUCAGGAAACGUUUUGUGACUGACUGAUGGUAUGAAGUAAGUGUCAUACACUUUAUCACUUUGAAAAUAUCUUUAUAAUAAAUGUAUCCUCCUAUAGCAGACCACCCCAGAGCAGCAGCAAGCAUUGCUUGCUCUGUGCUGUUCUGGAAUUUGCCAUUUUAGAGCAAGGACAAGUGUUUGCUAAUCCAGGUGAGAUUCAAGAAGUGAAGACUGGAUUAACUGAAAUGUGGAAGAACCAGCCUGACCCUGCUGAGGAAAGGAGAAUACCACCAGUAUGGAAACAGCUGCCUGUUUGCAAGCUACUUGGCUGGACCUGCUGAGUCACCUGUGAAGCCUUGCAUAACUUGUUUGCACCUCUCACAUCUGGUGGCAGCUUUUUGUGUCUUUGUUCAAGCAAGCGUAAAGCAGAAUUAAAUACUGCAAUGUGAUCACUAUCCAAAUUGGUAUUGGAGGUUCAAAUCCACACCAUUAGCAAGGAUGACAGUGGUUUAAAAAAAACAGAAUGCAUCCUGCAAUUAGAGGAAACAUCAGUAGAAAGCAGUAAGAAGUCUUCUGGUGCUCCUUUGUUAAUACCUUUUAGUAUCUUCACUAACUAUUUUUGUAAGUUCUUUGCAGCUGCGGCCCUAGCUGCAGACAGGAUAGAAGGACAUCAUAAAAAAUCAUGUGACUGUGCUCUUAUGUUUCUUUGUAAAGGGCUCUAACUGUGCUGGCUUAUGCAGAGUUUAGCCCAGUACUUGAAAAGCAAAGACUUCUGUCAUCCUACUUUGUCACUACUACUUGUUUUCCUGAUAUUUCAUUAUUUCACUUGUUGACUUCCUAAGUCCUGAAAUCAUUCCACUGUCAAAAGCUGCUCGUAUCAAAUGCUCCCCUGAAGCAGCAGCACUUUCAGACUGUCUUAAACUGUCAAAUGCCCUGGUUAUGGUGCUCCCAACAGGUGUGCAUCAUCUCAUCCCAUUAAGUGUCUCAUCCGAAUGUAAUUUAAAAUGAAAAAGUGAAAGGAGAUGAUUCAUGAUGCAUUGGGAUGAGAAGCAUGAGUUUUACCUCUGAAUUCUGGAAAUUCUGUCUUUUGGCAGGUGCCAUAAGAAAACAAAGAUGUGGGUGUCAGGAUCUGACAUUGCAUUUGGUGGUGUCUACUCAAGGAGCUCUGUGGUGGAUUUAGCUUGUGUAAAGCUAUACCAGGAAAAAAAAGCAUCUACGAUUAACCAAACCGUAAAAAGCCCUUAUCACAAGACAAAAAGGAAGUGUAAUGUAAUUUAUUGUUCUUUAGAGUUUGAAGUUAAAUGAACAAAAAUAUUCUCACAUUGUUUGCCUGCAGAUUUGAGUAAUACACCACUUACAUUCAAAUAGGUUUGGUUUGGAGUAGAUUAACAAAUGUUUUGCUUGGACACAGAACUCACCUGAAAUAAGAAUGUAGUCUUGAUGUUAAACUUACAUGCCAUACCUUUUUCUUUCCUAUCUGUAAUGAAGAUAGUUUUUUAUAAUAUAUUUUGGGUUUUUUCCCCAGUGGCAAAAACAAUGGAUUCAUAUGUAUCAAUCUGUGCCCAUGUCAUGGAGUCUGCAAGUCCAAAAAUAACUCCUGCACAUAUGCCAUUUUGGGUUUUUUGUCCCUCAUUCUUUGCAAUUGUAGUCAUUAAAGGUCUUUUACAAUUA